GUUUCAAAAUAUCAGUCGACCUUGAGGUGGCGUUUAGCUUUAUGGUUUGAGUAUAUUUCAACCAACACUGCUGAAAGGUAUUUCAUUCUCUUUUCAAUUGAAUCUUCAAGGAAUUCCUGAAAAAUGACUUCAGCAUGGUUAAAGUCGACUACUCCCAUUAACAAGAAAUUGAAAUGCUUGUUUUCAAUUAGUGCUUAGAACCUUUUUUCAGAGCACGCCUGAAUUACUCUUGAAAAAUCUCAACAACAUUAUGCUUGGAAAAAUCAUUACUCAUGUCCCCAACUUUUUGAAGCGACAGCUGAUUUACCCUCACCAUUCCUUACUAAAUUUGGUGAUAGGAAAAGCAGACUUCAGUGGCUUUGAAUAUAAAGGAUCUGACCAUUUUCUUUCAUAUUCCUCAACCGAAAAGUUGGAUUCUGCUGUCAGAACCUCAGAUCAGCACUCCAGAAAUGGUAUUGCCCAUCUAAGUACUAUUGAAGAUUUAAAAAGCUUUGUGUCACAUCCUAGUACAACAGUUAAUGAUAUUUUGGACAUUGAUAUACGGUUGCUACCUUCGGAAGCAUGUGCGAUGUGUUUAGAAGCUUUACUAAGAAUGCAAAAUCAGUCUUAUGACUUACUAAUUCGUAAUGCUCAAAAUGAUUUAAGAAAUUCUAUUGCAUCUGGUGUUGACUGGCCAUCACAUUAUAUAAAAUUGGAGCAUAUAACAAAAUGGCAUAAAUUUGAUGUAGGAAGUAAUCUAUUCUAUAAUAAUAAUAAUGACUACUCUUGGAUGAAAUCGGAAAAAUUCGAUCUUUUAGUAUUAACAACAGCAGCUUGUGCCAAUGGUUUAUCUAUUGAAUCUUUACUAAGGCUAGCUGGAUAUUUUGGAAAUUUUUGGGAACGAUAUGAACCAAAAGUUUAUGCAUCAGUACUACGUCAUAUUAAUAAUCAGAUCAACAAAUUAUCAUGCGUUCAUUUAGCUCAAUUGGCACAUGUAUUAUCUAAAUUGAAGUAUAGUCAAACUUUUGGAUUCCCUCAGGAAUUACGUACUGAGAUUCAUUUAUUGGGAUCAGCAAUCGCUAUUCGUUUAUUGUCUGGAAAAGAGAUAUUAUGUUCAGUAGAUCCUACAGUUGCAAUUCGCUUGUUAUACGAUAUACGUUGGGCACUUUCGUACAAUCAAAGAGUGAUUCUGUUUGAUAGUAUUUAUUAUAAUCUUACACUGAAUAAUGUACAGUGGAAUUUGUAUACAGUUGCUUUCCUACUACUUCAUUCAUGUAAACUAAUGAUCUAUAAACCUUCAGUGAUAAAAAGUUGUCUAGCUAAAAUAUCACGUAAAUUACGAAUAUCAGAUUAUCAUCCCAGUAUAAAUCAAUCCCAGUGGAUUAACGCUAUCCUUGCUGCUUUAGCUAAUUAUACAGUUAAUUUUAAUGGUGCAAGUGGAAAUUGUGAAGAAGAAUUACAAUAUUUCAUUAAACCACCUUGUCGUAAUCACAAAAACAAUACAGUGUCAAUAUCUAAAAGUAUAUUUAUUCCGUACGAAGUAUUUACUGCUGAUUGGGUCCAAAGAUUGUUCAGUAAUAUAUGUCAGCACGUUACAAGUCAACAAAUAGUAGAUUAUAAUUCCUUGAAGUGUUUAGCACAGAUUACUUAUUCUUUGUCUUUAUUUGGUCACAAGGCUGAUUCCCUUAUUGAAUAUUUUAAUGAUGCAAUGGAAAAACUUAACAAUGAUGUUUCCCCUAACAUGUCGACAUCAUUAGCAACUGAAUUUUCUCAGCUACAAUUAUAUAUGAAUAUGGCUAAAUGUUUACUUACCCCACUUUCUAAAAAUAGUAAUGAAACUGAAAAGCUGUCGGUUUCUUCACUACCUAGUGAUUAUUGGAGAUUUUAUUAUCAUUGUGGUUUUGGACUUUUACAAAGCAAUGAAAUAAACGAUCCAGGGAUUUCCAAGAAAAUGAUAAAUAAAAGAAAAACCGUGAAUCGUUUAUACCAUGUGUUCCUUAAAAAUAGUGACCUGUUCAAAGAAUUAGACAUGGAUACAUUUCAGUGUAUACUGUAUCCUAAUAGUGAUAAUAGUAACGUAUACUUUGCAGAUAUUCUGUUUAAACAAGUAUGCGGACAACACGAAGGUAAAUAUAAUUACGUUAUUUGUAUUGUACAUGAAAAUCGUGAUGAGGUCGCCAAAGGUCCGUUACUUUCACUGUUAAACUUUUAUCGUGAAACACAAUGUUUACCUGUUCUUACGUUUAAUAUUUGUACUUGGAAUAAUUUGCCUUAUACUGAAGCCAAACUAAUUAUGGUACAAAAUUUUCUACGUGAAGUAUCAAACAAAUUAAAUGAAAUGAAUAAUUUACAUCUACCGGAAAUUUAUACAACGAAUCUUGUUCUUCAUCCAACAUGAAUUAUUAGGCUUUAAAUAGUGUGUUAAUACAGGUUUUAUGUGUACACUUUCUAGACAAAUGUGUGUAUAAACAAUUCAUAGUUUUGUAUGACUAAUAUACUUUAAGAAAGUGCUUUUUUUCUUUUGAUUUGCAAUGGAUCUGUUACAUUCUGAAUGUUUUCGUAUUGGGCAAGAAAAAAAACAGUAACUUCAGCAAUGUCUUUGUAUUUUAUAGUUAAUGAUGAGUAGAUUUUAACAACCUUACUGCUUCUGAAUGUUGUCUCAGUUUUUGAUAUGGAAUGUUCUCAUCUUAUUUUCCAUUUUAGAUUAUGUGUAACGAUAUACGAUCUUAAUGAAUAACCAAUAGGGUUGUUUCGAGUAGAAAAUUCUGACGUCUUGUAGCGUAGUUCAAGUCGUUUCUUCAGAAGUUAUCAAGUCGAACCUCGGUCGUGAUAUUUUACGAAUUGCUUUUUAACAACUUAACAUAUUAUAUAAUCAAACCUGAAGUUUCCCACUAUACGGAGUGUUUGUUCACAGUCAAAUAGAUUUCAAUGGGGCCAUUUAUUAAUCAACUGAAUAAAGAUGUAAAUAUAAGUAAGAAAUACUGUUGUUCUGUAUCUAGUACGGAAAUAGAAAUAACCAUUCAGUGAUGAAAUUGUAAUGAUGAGAACAACCAAAUAAACACUGAUUGCUUUGUGACUUUCAUUUCCGUCCCUUUUUAUUUGUACGUUUUGUUAACUAUAAGAUUAUAAAUAAAGGUAAUAAAUAUACUGAAUGAUUCAGACCAAAUGGCUGAGUCACGUGUAAGAAGUUGCUUGCAAAACGGUACUGCUACUCAUGGCAAUUAAAAUUACGUGUUUUUCAAACCUCUAAUGUAUUUCAACGCAUCAUGAAACAACUGAAAAAAAGAAAGGUUUUUCUGCAAUAUAUAUUGAAGAGUUAUUUACUAUACACAUCAAUAAUAAGCAGUAGCUAUCCAAACUCAAAAAUGAAUCUUUAACAAAUAGAAACGUUGUUCAAACAUACAAACUGCUACAUAACAACAAAUAUUGAAUGGAUGCACAAGAAAUGAAAAUAACUCUUUAGAACGUUAAGAGAGUACAACUUCAC